AUGGAACAGAAGCUAUCAGCUAUUGAAAAUCGACACGCUCAAUUAGAGGCGAUUCUCAACCAGCCGGAUGCCUCGCCGGAAGAGUAUUCGACGGCCAACAAAGAGCUGAAGAAGCUCCGGCAUACGAUUGAUGUGGUGUCUGAAUUGAGAAAGAAGCAGCAGGAGAUUGGGGGCCUAAAAUCACUGAUUGAUGAAGCGGAGGAAGAUAAAGACAUGCGUGAAAUGGCUGCUGAUGAAUUGGGGCAGGCCUCUCAAGAAGAGGAGCGUCUGCGGUAUAUGCUGCUCAAGUCAUUACUACCGAAGGAUGAUGUCGAUGAACGUGACUGUAUCUUGGAAGUCAGAGCAGGAACUGGAGGGGAAGAGGCUUCAUUGUUUGCGAUGGAUAUUUUUAAAAUGUAUGAGAAGUACUCACAGAAUAAAGGUUGGAGGUUUGAAGUUCUUGGUGUGGCAGAAUCCGAUGUUAAAGGUUAUAAGGAGGCUAGUGCCGCAAUCUCUGGUGCAGAUGUUUAUGGAAAGCUGAAAUUUGAGAGUGGAAUUCAUAGAGUGCAGCGAGUUCCGAUGACUGAGAAAUCUGGGCGAGUUCAUACAAGUGCCGUAUCUGUUGUUAUUCUUCCUCAAGCAGAUCAGGUGGAUGUCCAAAUCAGGAAUGAAGACCUAAAAAUUGAUACAUACAGGUCUGGUGGUUCAGGUGGUCAGAGUGUAAACACCACUGAUAGUGCCGUCAGGAUUACUCAUAUGCCAACUGGGUUAGUUGUUGCCAUACAGGAUGAGCGAUCCCAACAUCAGGCACGAAAUCUUAUUUGCAGUUACUAAUUCUUCUUUCCAAUGCAGGACUGUUAUAUUAUUACCCAGCAGUAAUUGUGCCAUUGAGUAAUGACAUGCUGGAUUUCAUUCUAAUAAUUCUUAGUUAUUUUCUAAAAAUGAUUGGCACUAACAACUGAGGAUUUGGUCAUCUAAAUGAGACAGUCAGUUAUUACAAUUUAAGUUUGUAUAAAUGGCAUGGUAAUGUAUACACUGCUUGUCAUG